UUUUCCGUCUGCGACUGUCAGUCCGAGCUUCAGUCGCCGUUGUAGUCGUUUCUUUUCUUCUUCUUUUCUUACCUUUUUCUUUUUUUCGUGUUCUUUUUCUACUUUUGUAAUCCGGUCUCCCUGUCUUUUCCUCCUUCCCCAGCCCUUGACUACAUUCCUUUCGGUCUUCCCUCGACCUUCCCCAUUCCUUCGGUGUCCUCUAAACACCCUUCCCUCAUCCUCCCCCUCACCUGCAGAACAACCAUUCACGCAAUUUCGCAUCGCGCUUGUUAUUGAAGACAAACCCACAUUGCCCCCCGUGCAUUCUAUUCUUUGCUUCGCUUUGCUCUACUCUGCUCGGUGUCUUUCUUUAUCCGUGGUCCUUUCGCGAAGCAUCAAAUCUAAGCAUUUGCAAGUCGCAUUUAUCUAGAUGUGGCGAGCCAGCUAAUUUUCCUUGUGCAUCAUAAUGCAGAUGGGAUGCCAGUUACCUGUAUUAUCGAUGUUGCUAAUCUAAGCUUCAUGGUGCUUUGUUAUUAUUCCCGGCGCCUAUAAAGAUGGAGCAUGUGUCAACGCUAUGUGCAACUAGCACUGUUGGUAUUGCAGCAGCCGGCCUUGCUCUCGGUCGCGUCGACCGAGAUCCCCCCAAGCUCGGACGAUUUCGGAAAAAAACCUCCCCUCUGCAUAAUCAAUGCGCGCAUACAAUAGACUCGCCCGAAUCUCCGUCAUCUAAUAAUGUACGCCCGAUAUCUCUUCAACCUGCGGUGGCGACGGAAGAUCCCUCCGAGAUCCCUAAGUCCAGCCCCGGAAAAUCGAAUGGCACGCCCAAUGAAGACCACCCUGGAUCUAUGAUUUCGCGGAGGAAAUCUUCUCUUGCAGGGAUACUAUUACGUCGCCGCGGUCAAACCUUGUCAAAUCCACCGCUGCGCAUCGUGGAGGAUUCCUCACCGGCCUCCCAUAGCCGGCGACCGUCCUCGUCCUGGAUGCGACGCCUAUCAUUUCAACCUGAGAACCGUUAUUCUUACCAACCCCCUCAUUCUCCAUCAAUAAACGGCCCUGCGAGCCCAGGGCUCGGUUCUUCCGGCCAGCGUCGAGCGCCGAAUAAACUUGUUAAGCGACCUCCAUCACAGCACGCCAUUCCUCUCUUCCCCCACGCCCCUCCUUCCCCAUCUGCAUCUGCACUACGCAGACCGGCGACGAGCUAUCAACGGCGCGAGACUGGGGGACACAAGGCGACUCAAAGUCUGUGCUUCGAGCCCGGUUUGGCACCCGAUUCUGCAAGCCAGGCUCCGGUCGGACUCUCUACAGACAAUGGGGGUUGGCGGCCAUAUUUGAACGCGGACCCUACCGUGCUGUCUGACAGACCGAUUCGCAGAUUCUCAACCACAACAAAACCCAAGGACCAAGGUCUACGGCGAAUUAUCCCUCGAGCGGACACUUUUCCGGCUUUGCUCCUGGCGACUUCUCUGAUCAACAAGGAACAUAAACAGAGUACUCGCCACGAGGAAUCUGCCCAUAGCUCCCCAGUCGAGUUUCGCAACCCAUUCAAGCCCACCCAAACUAUAUCUUCGGAAUCGGAAACGCAUUCCUCGGCAGAGACCAAAGGUCGUCAACUGUCGUUGGCUGGUGAAACAGAUCCUAAAGCGUCAGCACCAAGCCCGCGACUCGUGGACGGCUCGGCACUUAAUAAUGGCUCUCUCGCGCAUCCCAAACGCAGAGCGAUCUCUUCCCCUCUACCCAACCUAUCCAAACUGGAAGGAGCCCCCUUCCCUGCUCAACGAUCGAGACGGAAUAUAACUGACCCAACCGUCUUCGAUCGUCCCCACCAUUCUUCCCGGGUGGAAGCCUUCCUGCCACUAACCUCGGGAGUCAUGGCGCCACGAAACAAAACAAUUCCCCGUUCUCGUGCCAAUACAGGUCACUCUCAAGACAUCGGACAAUAUCCGCUUCCAUCAGACACGAUAGCUUUGUCGAGUUUGUAUGGGUCUAUGCGUCUUCGUUCUAAGCGACAUUCGAUCGCUGCCUCCGAUCCCGCCUCCACGGUUAUCGGAUCUGAUGAUACCCGUAUCUUCACAUCUGGUGACGAAGACGACACGGAUUUUUUGAGUGACACCGCUUUCGACUCCAUUCGCACGCAUCUUACGACUAAUAGUACCGCUGGUCUCCAGGCGCCCCGGAUUGAAGCCAUCUUUGACCAGGGUACACCGUCAUACUGCAGAAAUUCGGAGUCAGGCAAACCCGGCGAUUCCCAUCAAACCAGCAGUCGUAAUCCCCAAGCCAUGAAAAACGGCCCUCAUGAUCUCGGUGAAGAUGUAGCUUCCAUUCGCUUCUCUACCCAAGGUAUCCGAGAGGCUGAUGGCCUGGGGGAUGGCGAUAGCAAGAUUUCCUUUCCAUCCGACCUUACUGACGAUGAGGAUGCUCUCAGCCUUGUCGCUGCGUUACCCGGGGAAGCAGGGGAGCAGAUUCUACAACCUUGCGAUUCGCCAAGAAGAGCAGCAUUCCCUCUGCGGAUCGCCGGAACAAAUGCGCGGGACUUGACUCACGAGUCUCUGGAAGCUUAUCCGAGAGUAAACAUAUUUGACUGGUCCGAACAGCCAAAAAACGAUCGUGAAGCUCCAGGGUCCGAUGGUCGACCACGUACCGUUCACGGCAAACACGGGCCUGAGGCUCGGGGAAGCCGUCCCCACGGGCGGAAGGCGCCAAGCACGUUGCAUCUACGAAGUCAAAGUGUUCCCGUGUCAAGGGAGCCCCCGACGACUAAUGAAUCACGUCAAACAUCCGGCAAAUUUGGAACUUGGGGCCUGGGGAGUAAAGGGGUAAGCGAGGAUUGGGAUAGUGACUUCGAGUUCGAAGAUGCGGACGACAGCACCGCCAGCGAGGGUAUUAAGCCGAAUAGGAAUCCCGAUGUUCCGCAGCGUGGUAUGCUAGUGCCCCAGGCGAUAAUGGACCGGCAAGCGAGUCUCCAUGGGCAAUUUGGACAGGUGCAAGAGUUGACCCUGUUGGUUGAAGAACUCAAGCGCCUUCGGCAUCAAGCUAGCUUUCUCGGUAUCGUCCGUGGCCCGUCGAGUGAGUUAUGGAAGGAAGCAGAGGGUAUAGUCGACCUUGCCACACUUGAUGAUGAGGACGCGAAUCCUUCCCCUCCCGGAUCGCCCUCUUCUCUUACCUUCAGUUUCGAUGAUUCCGAGGGCGAAUCCUCAACAAAUGACACCUUCAAGCGGGCGAGUGGAGAGUCCUGGCAGCCUUCUUUUUCAGAGCACUCAAACUCCAUUCACUCUCACGCGGCGGAUGAUAAGGAAAUCCCCGCCAAGGCCAAUUCCGUGUUAGAUUUGAUCUAUCGACAACGAGUGUCCCCGGACCCGGCUUUGAACGAAGCUCAAUUGCCCAAAUCCAAAAAGCUCCCCUUCGAUACGCAGUCUCUCCGCGACCUCGUCAUCCGCGCCGGCGUUGUCACUCGUGCUUUGAAAGAUGUGAUCCGCAAAGCAGAAGGGGUUGCUAUCGACCCCAACGAGAUCAUACACACACCCAACCCGCCAUUCAGUCGGAUCUUCAAGAAACCCUCCAGUGAGCAGUUGUCGAACUUUAGGACUCGCUGUGCUGCUUGAAGCCGCUCCACCCCCGCCUCAAUUUUCCAUUGUGAACUAACGACGAUUUCAUUCGUGUCCACAUCCUUCUUAUUUCCUCUGUAUUCUACAAAUACCUAACCGCCCUGCACUGGUUGGUGUCUGGGUGUACGAGAUGACCUGAGAAACCAAAAAAAGCCCACGUUCUCAUGGACUUCCCUCCUUUCACUUCUUUUCCCGCAUAUUUUUCCUUAUUGUCUUUAUUGCCAUUGUUGGGAAGCUGUUGCUAAUGAAUCUGGUUGUCAGAAAAGAAUUCUGUUUUGUACAGGUGCAAUUGUUGGUGUAUAUUCUCUUUAUGACUUGUGUUUGCAUACUUUGGCGGUUCUUGUGUGAGCAUUACAAUGUUUGGCGAUCUUUGUCGCUCUUCUUUCCUUUUUCUUUCUGUUUUACAGUCAUGCCCUCCCCGGCUAGUCUUUGCACUCGGCUGGUGGGCAAUGGUGUGGCCAUGCGCUAUUAUCUUGCAUUUGGAAGAGAACAGCACAUGGGACAUCGGCGUGCACUGCAGCAUGAGCAUUGAUGGGUCAACUGAUAUGACUUUAAGCCCAGUAACGCAUAGAGGAGACUAAUAUGAUGAGAAAUUUUCCAUGACGCGUUAGGUCAACUGUUUUUUCCCUUUCUAAUCGACACGACGUUGGUUCAUAUACGGCCAGAUUGUGUAGUCAGUACGGAGUAGAUCCUGGGUAUGUAACUACAUCCAUGUGAGCCACGUC